AUGUCCAAUGGGAAGAUAGCCGCCUGUGUUGGGCUGGGCGUGGGCGCAGUGCUUAUCAUACAAGGUGGAGACCCGCUGGACUCAGCAGGCAACGGGUCCCCGAUAUGGAGAGACACGGGGCUGCUCGGUGCUCCAGCGCGGGCUGUGGUCUGUAUCAUUGCCGGAGUUUCCCUCCUCGCCAUGGGCUGGCUCUACAGGCUGCUCUUCUGUCCCCUGGAACGGUCCAAGGCGCUCGAGGAUGUGGGGUACAUCGCCGAGGACGGUCGCUCCAGAGCCCAGGCUGCAAACGAGGUCCGCCGCAGGAGGAAGACCGGAGAGCUGCCUCCAGUUUAUCCGAACGGCUGGUACCGAGUGCUGGACUCACACCUGCUGGAGAGAGGCGAGGUCAAAAAUGUCUCAGUUCUAGGUGAGCAGGUGGCAGUGUUUCGAGGCCAGGAUGGGAAGGCCUAUGUGGUGGAUGCCUACUGCCCUCACCUGGGUGCCAACCUGGCUGUGGGAGGACGGGUGGUGGGAAGCUGUAUAGAGUGCCCGUUUCACGGAUGGCAGUUUCGUGGGGACGAUGGCAAAUGUGUGAGGAUCCCCUACGCAGAAAAAGUGCCAGAGUUUGCCAGGGUGCGCUGCUGGCCCAGCUGCGAGGUCAACGGCCACGUCCUGGUGUGGUUUCACUGUGAUGGAGAAGAUCCUCAGUGGAAGGUGCCAGAGCAGCAGGAGAUCACAAAGGGAGAGUGGGUCUACCGGGGGAGAACUGAACAUUUUGUCAACGCUCACAUACAGGAGAUUCCUGAAAAUGCAGCAGACAUCGCUCACCUCAAUCACCUGCACACGCCGGGCAUCGUCAGCGGCGUAGAUCUGCGCUACACCAACAGCAAAAUCUGGGAAUUUGUGCGACAUGACUGGAAGGUUCAAUGGGAACCGGAGUCAGAGCCCAACAAGCAUUGUUCUCAGAUGCUGGUGAAACACUCUCUGACUGUGUUCGGACACCACUGGUCUCUGCUGGAUGUUCACGUUGUGGCCAGACAGGUGGGUCCAGGCGUGGUGUUUCUGCUGUUUGACCACAGUUUCCUGGGCCGUGGUGUAAUCAUGCACUGUGUGACUCCAGUGGAGCCUCUGCUGCAGUGCGUCUCGCACACCAUCUUCUAUCAGUCUAACAUCCCGCCUCUGGUGCCCAAGUUCAUCCUCAGUGCAGAGUGUGUUCAGUUUGAGCGGGAUGUAAUGAUCUGGAACAAUAAGAAGUACAUCUCCAAGCCACUUCUCGUGAAGGAAGACUCAGCCAUCCAGAAGCACAGGCGGUGGUUCAGUCAGUUCUACAGCGAGAACAGCCCGCGGCUGCGAUACCAGCACGACACUUUAGACUUUUGA